AAGUUCUUCACAUGAGGCUCUGCAUUGAGACUCUUGCGGGGAAGCCAAUAACUUUUUAUUGCAUGCAUUGCUUCGAGUUCGUGAAUAGUGAUCAGAGUCAACGAUGGGCCUCGGGACCUUUGAAGCGGAACACAAUGUGUAUAUAUCUAUGUCCCCCAUACUCCAAGAUGCUGCUGUUAUCUUCCAUCGUAUCUGUACAAUUCCACAAUUUAUAAUUGAUUAAGCACUUCUUCUAAGCCUGCGAUUUCCAUCACAAUCUCAACCAUCAUGGCGACCAUUCAAAAGUGCCAAGACCCAGAAUCAGCAAACUCUGCUCUCCAUUUGUCUGAUGCAGGCUCCCCUAUCCACAACCAGCAAGAACAAUCCACUCAUCAAUCCACCUUCACCUCAAAGGAUCCCAUGUCUACCCUGCUCCACACAACCACGUCGACAAUCCAGUCGACAGCCCUCAACCACCGUAACCACUUUGUCUCGAGAUGCCCGAUUCAGUAA